UGCAUAGAAAGGCGUUUCGCCUGGAUACAUGUAACAGAGGGACACUUAGGUGACUGCAUGUGACGCUAAGUUUGCACUUAAGAUGAAUGUCUCUCAGAAGAUGUUUACAAAAAGUACCGAAUCGUCAAAAGGUGGUUGCUGUAGAUUUAGUAGUGACAGGCGCUUCACGACUUUCUCCCUGUGUGCUGCAUUUUUCGCUCUGGGAGGUUUUAUAGCCAUACCAGGCCCCACUUUGAUCGACUUGAGAGAGCAAGUCCAUGCAUCGGUUGAAUCUAUCACGUACAUUAUCAGCGGUCGGUCAGGUGGUUUAAUUCUCGGUUCCAUAUUUGGUGGCCUUCUUUUCGACCACAUGAAUCAUCAUUUGUUCCUCAGUGUCCUCAUGAUUUUUACAGCAGUUGCGACGAUUCUUGUUCCCUUCACAUCAAAUCUUGCUGGGUUGGCAGUAUGUCUGGCGGUGCAAGGUGUUGCAAUGGGUUCUUUAGAUACAGGUGGAAAUGCCCUUUGUCUAGGUCUCUGGGGUCAGGAAAGCGGUCCACAUAUGCAAUCGCUGCAUUUCGCGUUCGGUGUGGGUGCACUCAUAGCACCCAUUGUUGCCCAGCCUCUUUUGUCAAAGAGAUUAUUUAUUAAUGAAACGGUAAUUUCACUCUUAUCAAAUAACGUUUCUUCAUUUGUGCUUGGUGGGAAUUCGACUUUCUCUCCUCUAGAAAUCAACGGCGUGUCAGAGAAAACCCUGCUUGUAGGAAAUUUAACAAACCGAACUAUGAACACGAGAGAAAUGUGGACAGAAACUCAAAUUAUGUAUGCCUACAUUUCCAUUGCCAUGGUUGCUUACUUAUGUGCUGGACUAUUCAUGGUAACGUGCAUUCAUGAACGAACAUGCUUCUCUUGGAAAAGACAAGUUAAGAAAACAGAAGAUGGGCCUGUGACUCGAGAAGAUUCCCUGUGCUUUAAGGGUAUAUUUUUGAUGAUUUUAGCAUUAUUUUAUUUUCUUUACGUUGGUCUUGAAGUCUCCUUUGGUGCUCUUGUUACAACUUUUGCAUUUGAGAUUCUUCACUGGUCCAAACCCAAAGCGGCACAUUUGUCUACAGUUUUCUGGGGCUCAUUUGCUGCAACUAGAGGUAUAUCUAUAGGAGUGUCAAAGUUUAUGGGUCCAACUAUUAUGAUCAUCACAGAUCUUGCCCUAAUUGUGGUAUCCAUGCUAUUGAUGGCAAUUCUGAUCAACACACAUGAGAUUGUGAUGUGGCUGUGUACAGCAUUAUACGGUAUAGGGAUGGCCUCAUUGUUUCCUGCCGGAAUAUCCUGGGCUGAACGAUAUAUACAUGUGACUGGCAAAAGUGCAUCCAUGUUUAACAUGGGCUCUGCUUUAGGAGAGUUGACUUUCCCACCACUCUUUGGUCAUUUUUUUCAUGUAGAUGGAAUGUAUUUUGUGUACAUAUCUCUUGGUGGUGCAGUUGGUAAUGCUGUUUUGUUCAUUAUACUUUAUAUACUUGCACGGAGACAAGGAGAAAGGUACAUUUCUGUGCCCCAGAAAGGAGAAAAUGGCGAGACAUCAAAUCAAGAGCAAACAACAGAACUUUAAUAAAUGUUAAAAUUUGGUAUCGCCAUUAACACAAAAAAAUUCGUACACCGACUGCCGUAUAUUACAAAGUAAAGGAUAUCCUAAAACCCUUUCGGUUGACUGAUGCAUUAAUACUGUCUUGCAUUCACCGUGGUAGCUACCUAAAUUGACAGCCAGGACGUAACACGUUCGAUUGAGACCCAUUAGAGUGGUACCAUCUACCAGGACGAUUUAUUUUUCACAGAUAUUCACAGAUAUGUCUCUAGAUAAAUAGACAAUCACUUGGCUCUGUGUCACCCUGUAAUGACACCUUUUACAGUGCACAUGGAAGAAAGCUCUUCAUUUCUUACGUGCAAGAUAAAAAAAUUUGCUAAAGCACCCCCCCCCCCUCCGUGGCACCAGUAGCACUAUUUCUUAAAGUUGCAGUACUUGUGUUACG